AACCAACCAUCUUCACCAUGCGCAGGUCAUGGGGUUUGGCUUGUUCCUCCUCAACAAUAAAGACGUCAACAUUUACAAACUGCACGACAAGAAGAGGUUGAAUCUUACUAAGAUUGAUAAAUUCUUCAAGCAACUACAAGUGGUCCCAUUAUUCGGAGACAUGCAGAUCCCUCUCGCUAGUUACGUGCAGAACAUGACUGACUUUGAAGAAAACAAAUCACGUUGGUCGUGCGCGAGUGCUAGUACGGUUACACCUACGGGUAUCACCCCCCAGUACAACAUAACGGAACAACUCGUGUCAAUACGUGAGGAACAUAUCAAGUAUACGAGUGAACUUGCGAGGCACAGCAAUAAUGAGGUAGUGACCACCGUACAACGAGAUCAACCGAGGUCGGAUGCCGAGAGUGAAGAGUUGUAUAAAACUGCUUUAAAAGGCCUCCAACUUCUGCUGCGAUGGAGUUCCCAUGUGAUGGAGGUUUACUCAUGGAAGUUGGUCCACCCCACUGAUAAAUACAGCAACCCUGAGUGUCCCGAUGACGCAGAGGAAUAUGAACGAGCUACAAGAUAUAAUUAUUCAAGCCAGGAGAAAUAUGCCCUGGUGGAGGUGAUAGCCAUGAUCAAAGGCUUACAAGUAUUAAUGGGACGAAUGGAAAGCGUGUUCAAUGAAGCGAUUCGUUGCCAUAUUUACGGAAAACUACAAGACUUUGUUCAACUACGUUUGCGGGAUUCGUUAAGGUAUUCGAUCAAGAAGAAAAAAAACCAUGUGAAGAGUAUCAUAAGUUCGGUGCGUGAGACGUGCGCUGAUUGGUUCCAAGGAUUCGAACCCCCCAACGAUCCGGCGCUUAAGGGGGAGAAAGAUCCAAAGACGGGGUUUCAUAUCGAUGUGCCUCGUCGUAAUGUGGGGCCUUCAAGUACACAGUUAUACAUGGUUCGUACGAUGCUUGAAUCUCUGAUAGCUGAGAAAAGUGGAACAAAGAAAGCCCUUCGUACAUUACUUGACUCGCAUACUAUCGAAGCUAUUGAAAAGUUUCAUCGGGAUUCGUUCUUCUACGCAUCGUUACUGGAGUUUAGUGAAACUUUACAAGAAUGUUGCGAACUUUCCCAACUAUGGUACCGCGAGUUCUAUCUCGAGUUAACAAUGGGGAGGAGAAUCCAAUUCCCGAUCGAGAUGUCGUUGCCAUGGAUACUUACCGACCAUAUAUUAGAUAAGAAGGAACCUUCCAUGAUGGAGUUUGUGUUGUACCCACUUGACUUGUACAGCGACAGCGCACAUUACGCACUCACUAAGUUUAAGAAACAAUUCCUCUACGACGAGGUUGAAGCCGAAGUCAAUCUGUGUUUUGAUCAGUUUGUUUACAAGUUGUCGGAUCAAGUGUUCGCUUAUUAUAAGCACUUAGCAGGUUCGAUGUUGCUCGACCAAAACUUCCGUCAAGAAUGUGGGACAAACAUCCCGUAUAUGCCGGCCAACAAGUAUGAGACACUGCUUAAACAACGACAUGUUCAGCUCCUGGGUCGUUCCAUUGACCUGAACCGCCUCAUCACGCAACGUGUACAAGUAGCCAUGCACAAGUCAGUGGAUCUUGCUAUUGGAAAGUUUGAGAGUGGUGAUAUCACUGGGAUCAUGGAACUUGAGAUGUUACUUGAAGUGAAUCGACAAACCCACAAGUUGUUAUGCCAACAUCUUACUCUGGACAGUUUCAGCUCAAUAUUAAGGGAAGCCAACCAUAACGUAUCGGCACCUUAUGGCAGGAUUACAUUGCAUGUGUUCUGGGAGCUUAAUUAUGAUUUCUUGCCAAACUAUUGCUACAAUGGAUCCACUAAUAGGUUCGUUCUCACCCCGAUGACUUUCUCACAAGAACUGACUCGCGACAAACCCCCCAACGUUGCCCACCAUUAUUUAUUCGGGUCUAAACAACUAAACAUCGCUUAUAAGGAGAUAGCAGGUCUGUACUCUGGUUUCGUCGGCUUCCCUCACUUUGCUGCUAUAUGUCGGUUGAUUGGAUACCAAGGAAUCGCCGUGGUUAUCGAGGAACUUCUUAAGAUUGUUAAAAGUUUGUUACAAGGCACCAUCCUACAAUACGUUACCACCCUACUUGGGGUGAUGCCACCCAUUUGUAAGUUACCCCGGUUCGACUACGGCUCACCCGGUGUGUUGGAAUAUUACCAACAUCAACUGAAAGACAUCAUCGAAUACUCGGAACUUAAAACGCUUGUGUUCCAAAACUUCCGAGAGGUCGGGAACGCUCUCUUGUUUUGUUUGAUGGUCGAACAAAACCUGAACCAAGAGGAAAUAUGUGACUUAUUGCACGCCGCUCCGUUCCAAAACAUAAUUCCUCGGCCCCAUGUUAAAGAAGGAGAGAAACUGGAUGUGAAAGUUAAGAAGUUGGAAACGAAAUACAAUUCACUGCAUCUAGUGCCGAUUAUUGAGAAGUUUGGAACUCCACAGCAAAUAGCGAUAGCCAGGGAGGGUGAUCUGCUUACACGAGAAAGAUUAUGUUGUGGAUUAUCCAUGUUCGAAGUCGUGUUGAACCGAGUCAAAUCAUUUCUUACGGAUCCUGUUUGGAAGGGCCCCCUACCCAGCAAUGGGGUGAUGCACGUGGACGAAUGCACGGAGUUUCACCGUCUAUGGAGCGCAAUACAGUUCGUUUACUGCAUCCCUGUGCGGGAGAAUGAGUUCACCACAGAGAUAUUAUUUGGUGAUGGAUUGCACUGGGCAGCUUGUUCUAUAAUGACGUUGUUACAACAAGAGAAAAGGUUCAAUAUACUUGACUUCUCGUAUCAUAUAAUGAAGGUGCAGAGAUUCGAUGAAAGAGAUGAAGUUAUCAAGCAAGUGCCUUUGAAGAAAUUUGUUGAGCGAGUCCGUAAGUUUCAAAUCUUAAACAACGAGGUGUUUGGGAUCCUCACCAAGUAUUUGAACCCACCCACAAGCACUGGUUCACCCAUGGAGAACGUGAGGUGCUUUCAACCACCCAUACAUAGCUCUGUUAUGCGAUAAUGGAUGGAAAUUUGAGAAAAAGGAAAAAUAUGGUCAAAAAAUAAAAAUUCGAGAGAAUGACAAAUUUUGUCAAAAAUGUUUAAAAAGCUUUAUUUUUAUUUUUGUCAAAUCUUUGUAAAAGAGUAUUGUUUAACAUAGAUUAUUAAACGAACAUUAAAAAACUAAAAACGGUUGGUUUCUGACCAAAAACUGAAUAAAAGUCCCUGUUAUCUGUAAUAUCAUCAUUGUAAUUGUUUUGUUUAAUAACUUCGCUGUAUAAUAAUGAUGUUUAUCAAUCAAGUGAAAUUAUAUUUACCAACUUUCGCAGAGAAUUUAUGUUUGAAUAUUAUUGUGUUGUUUCACGUUAUCAUGUAUUAUAUGUGUUAAUAUUACGCAGCUAUCUUUGUAUAUUAUGUAAACUGCGUAAUCAUUUAUAUCUUGCUGAAGUGAAACAACAAGAAGCAGACAAUGCCUUGAAUAAAUGUAAUGUCUGUUGUA